AUGGAUCCAAGAAUUUCUCUUACAGUCUUCCUUUUACUGAACCUCCUCUUCUUCACUUACACUUCUGCUCAGGUCAUUUGUCCUAGAGAUACCCUGCAGAUCGAUGCUUGUGCUAAUGUUCUCAAUGUAGUUUCCCUAACAUUGGGAAAUCCACAGCCAUAUUGCUGCCCGCUCAUUCAUGGCUUGGUUGACCUUGAGGCUGCAGCCUGUCUCUGUACAGCACUCAAGGCUAAACUUCUUGGCCUCAACGUUGACCUCACCAUCUUUCUCAACGUGAUCCUCAGUGGUUGUGGCCGAACACCUCUACCAUCUUACCAUUGCGUCUAA